GGGAGAGAGGGAGGGGGCCGAGGAAGACGCUCCGAUAACCCAUGCGUUUCGUAAGGCUCGGAGCACUUGUGCAUUUCUGCAGGCGCGCGGCGAGCCAUUCGCGGCGGCUGCUGCGGCUCCGACUGCAUCUUCUCCUCCUCCCGGCGCCGGGUGUGUGGAUGCGUGAGUGUGUGUGAGUGUGUGUAUUUUGCAGGUGUGUCCGUUUUAAUUCUGCCCAGUAGGUGGGACUUGGUGACUUUCGCACCAUAUUUUCCUUUUGCCUUUUUUUUUUUUUUUUCUUUUUUGCCUCCCCACCGUCUGUUGCCACCCUGCAAAGUCUCGGAGUCGGAGAGCAGUCAGUCGGCUCGCUUCCCGAGCCCCCGGACCCGGCGAGCCGGCGAGCGCCGAGCCGGCCACCAUGCCAGGCAGACCGCGCCACUAGGCGCUCCCCGCGGCUCCCACCCAGCGGCGGCGGCGGCGGCGGCCGCGAUGGUUUCAGACGCUGAAGGAUUUUGCAUCUGAUCGCACGGCGUUUCAAAGGCAGAGGCCCCCUCCCCCUUCCCCCCUCCCUCGCCGUCUUUGUUUCCUUCCCCCCCCCCCCCCCCAGCUCUCCCCACUCCCCCCACCCCACCCCCUCUCCUCUCCUCCUCCUCUUUUUUAGAAGCAGCGAUCGGAGAUGGAUGUCUCUCUUUGCCCAGCCAAGUGUAGUUUCUGGCGGAUUUUCUUGCUGGGAAGCGUCUGGCUGGACUAUGUGGGCUCCGUGUUGGCUUGCCCUGCAAAUUGUGUCUGCAGCAAGACUGAUAUCAAUUGCCGGCGGCCGGACGAUGGGAACCUCUUCCCGCUCCUGGAAGGGCAGGAUUCAGGGAACAGCAAUGGGAACGCCAGCAUCAACAUCACGGACAUCUCAAGGAAUAUCACUUCCAUACACAUAGAGAACUGGCGCGGUCUGCACACGCUCAACGCCGUGGACAUGGAGCUCUACACCGGCCUCCAGAAGCUGACCAUCAAGAACUCAGGACUUCGCAACAUCCAGCCCAGAGCCUUCGCCAAGAACCCCCACUUGCGCUAUAUAAACCUGUCAAGUAACCGGCUCACCACGCUCUCGUGGCAGCUCUUCCAGACGCUGAGUCUUCGGGAAUUGAGGUUGGAGCAGAACUUCUUCAACUGCAGCUGUGACAUCCGCUGGAUGCAGCUGUGGCAGGAGCAGGGGGAGGCCAAGCUCAACAGUCAGAACCUCUACUGCAUCGGCGCCGAUGGCUCCCAGCUGCCCCUCUUCCGCAUGAACAUCAGCCAGUGCGACCUUCCUGAGAUCAGCGUGAGCCAUGCCAACCUGACCGUACGAGAGGGUGACAAUGCUGUCAUCACCUGCAAUGGCUCGGGCUCGCCCCUGCCCGACGUGGACUGGAUAGUCACGGGCCUGCAGUCCAUCAACACCCACCAGACAAAUCUGAACUGGACCAACGUUCACGCCAUCAACCUGACGCUGGUGAAUGUGACGAGUGAGGACAACGGCUUCACCCUGACGUGCAUCGCUGAGAACGUGGUGGGCAUGAGCAACGCCAGCGUGGCCCUCACUGUCCACUACCCCCCGCGUGUGGUGAGCCUGGAGGAGCCCGAGCUACGCCUGGAGCACUGCAUCGAGUUCGUGGUCCGUGGCAACCCGCCACCCACGCUGCACUGGCUGCACAACGGCCAGCCGCUGCGUGAGUCCAAGAUCAUCCACGUGGAGUACUACCAGGAGGGCGAGGUCUCUGAGGGCUGCCUGCUCUUCAACAAGCCCACCCACUACAACAACGGCAACUACACCCUCAUCGCCAAGAACCCCCUGGGCACCGCCAACCAGACCAUCAAUGGCCACUUCCUCAAGGAGCCCUUUCCAGAGAGCACGGAUAACUUUGUCUCUUUCUACGAAGUGAGUCCCACCCCUCCUAUCACUGUGACCCACAAACCAGAGGAAGACACUUUUGGGGUGUCCAUAGCAGUUGGACUUGCUGCUUUUGCCUGUGUCCUGUUGGUGGUUCUCUUUAUCAUGAUCAACAAGUAUGGGCGACGGUCCAAAUUUGGAAUGAAAGGUCCUGUGGCUGUCAUCAGUGGUGAGGAGGACUCGGCUAGCCCCCUGCAUCACAUCAACCAUGGCAUCACCACGCCCUCGUCGCUGGACGCCGGGCCAGACACGGUGGUCAUCGGUAUGACCCGGAUCCCAGUCAUCGAGAAUCCCCAGUACUUCCGUCAGGGACAUAACUGCCACAAGCCAGACACAUGGGUCUUUUCAAACAUAGACAAUCAUGGGAUAUUAAACUUGAAGGACAAUAGAGAUCAUCUAGUCCCAUCAACUCACUAUAUAUAUGAGGAACCUGAGGUCCAGAGUGGGGAGGUGUCUUACCCAAGGUCACAUGGUUUCAGAGAAAUUAUGUUGAAUCCAAUAAGCCUUCCCGGACAUUCCAAGCCUCUUAACCAUGGCAUCUAUGUUGAGGAUGUCAAUGUCUAUUUCAGCAAAGGACGUCAUGGCUUUUAAAGACUCCUUUUAAGCCUCCCUGUUUUGAUGUCUCCUUGGUAGGCUGGGCCCUCUGAGAGGUUGGAAGCUCUAGGCAUUGUUCCGUUUGGAGCCGGGGAUGCUAACUAGAAACCACAUGAGCCGCCGGUGCCCCCCGCGUCCUUUAUCGCCACCAAGACGGGUGUGUCCCCCGCCCCCAUCCGCCACUGGCAGGGUUGCCCUUUCCCUCCAGUCAUCACUGUGCUCCUUUUUUUUCUGGCCUCCAAGGCAGCUCCUGCCAUCAUCUUUAGAGCCAAUAAAGAGAAUUAAAAACCUGUGCACCAGGAACCAUCUUUUAAACAUACUAGCCAGUCUCUUGCUUUCCAAAAACAACCCAACCACCACGAGAAAGCCUGAUGAAGUCCAGCCGUGCUCCGGCCUCACUCUCUCUGCCUGGAAGCGUGGGGUCUCCCUGGCUCUCCUUAGGAUACCGGGCCACCCUCUUAGUGACCUCGUCGCCCUGCAGCCUCCCGUGGGGAAGAACAUCUAAGGAGAGGUGGAGACGGCGCGGUGAGAGGAGGGGGAGCCAGGCCCAUGUGUUGGCACCAGAUUAGGUCUCAGAGGAAAGAAUGGAAACCAAUCAUUUUCUAUAUAUAUACAUACAUAUAUAUAUAUAUAUUUUUUUUCUUUUUUUUUGGUGGAGAAAACCAUGUCUUUUUGGGGACACACUUUCCCCCUACUUCCUCUUCUCUCUGCAACGGCUCACAGUGAGUGAUAUUAGAAAACCCCUUGGAGAAGAGGAUUUCUCCAGGGCUCCUUCUUGGCCCCUAGACCUGCAGUUCCCACAAGCUCUGGCUGCAGGAGGUCUUGCCCAUGAACUGGGCAUCCUGCUAGGACCGCAAGGGACUACAAGGGAACCAGGGACCAAGGCCCUUCCUACUGGCCCGUGAUCCUGGCACUGGCUCUCUUCCCCCACUUUUACUUGUUCUUGACUCUGAGAACUUUCGGCACCCAAUGGAAUCACCAUUUCAAGGCCAAGAUGAACUGAAGGGGAAGAGAUGUAAAAAAUUGGCCUCCUCCAGCCCCUCUCAUGGCACCAAUGGAAGUGUCAUCCUGUCCUCUGGUCAAUAUAUGUGUUUACUUUGCUUGCUUUGACUCAUGCCUUACUCCAUGGCCACCCUCUCCCAAAGAGGAGGGAUUUGUUUCCCCCAUUUUCACCUUGAUCCCUGGUGGGGGGGGGUGGUGGGGGAAAGUGGAGAGAAUGCCUUUACCCUAGCUUCCAUAGGAAAAGUAUAGACGUAGGGCCUGGAAGUCCCCUAGAUUUGCUGCCAUAUUGGCUUAGUAGAUUUCAGGGGCGUGGCUUAGUUCCUCCCACCCCUGGUACUUCCACUGUGUGGGGUCUGUAGAGGCUGCCCCCUUGAGGGUGGAGCUCGGAAGAGGAAAGGGCCAGCCAUGGGGAGCUUGUAGGACAGAACGGUGGUGUUUUUAACCCACUAAGUUUGGGAGUGAGGAUGCACAGCGAUAGAUGGCAGAUUCUCUGCCUUGGGAGAUUCCCCUGGGGGUUAGGAUUCCUGUUACGGUUUUAGGUCGAGUCCUAUGGAUGGGGGCUCUUCAUGUCAGGUUCCCAGCCUGGUUCUGGAGACCCCCUCUGUGGGUUUUAAAAAUGCAGAGCUUUCCAAGUUCCUGCUGAGUAUCUGGGGUGGCCUCCCGGGCACCUGAAUGUCCAGAGUAUCACAUGGGGGUUCAGGUUGUCUCCAGGACCUCGAAAGAUGUGUUUAUUCAGCCCCUCCCAGCUCCCCACCAGCCCGCUCCCCACCACUUCAUGUCUGGCCAUUCCCCACUGUGUUCUGCCAACUCUUUGGGCCAGGACCUCUUUCUGAGUGUGGCUUUAAGGAGUAAGCUUGAGGAUGAUGUUUUUUGAUUAUUGUAAUUCAUUACCUCAUUUCCAGCCUCCCAGGCUCCAUCCAUCCCAGCAUCUUUUAUUCUGCCAUUUUUCCUCACUUUGUGCUAUGACCAUGGGGCGUUAUGUUUCCACAGAGACUUAUAGGAGUGUUCAGUGUAUAGUUUCUUAAUAAACACUUUAUUUUCUAAUGAAA